AUGCGGCAGCACCGCCGCCAGCGUCGUGCAGUCGACUGGGCCGGGGCCGCGCGCACGCACAAGCGCACGCCGAGCCAGACGAUCGCAGCGCGGCGGCCUCCGCUGCGGGACUGGCCCCAGGGGCUCCCGCAGCUCGGGGAGGCCGAGCGGCCGUCCCCCCCCGUGGCGGGCAGGGCCCGGGGCGAACGACGAGCUAAGCGGGCUCAGGCACCUCCGCGCCGCGGCCCGGAGCUUCCGAGCCCGCUUCAACAAGUUGCUCCGCAGCUGAUCUCAGCUUCGUGGAGCUCGACGGAGUUCCAAGGGUCGUCCGCCGGCGUGAGCUGCCCCGACGCGCCCUCGUGA